CUCUGUGGCAACAAUGUCUCAUACCUAUCCAUCAAGAUACUGGGGCUGCUUGCAACCGCUGCUUUCGUGCUGUGUACCGCUCGAUAUGGCACUCCAUCCGUCUGUAUCUCUCCGCGGCAGACUAGGAAUUAGCUACAUGAACUACAGUCUAAAAUAUCCCUGCUUUCUCCACCCUUCGAGCCGGCAGACAUUCCAGACUGCUGAUCCUUCGUUUCCCACGCACCCAAAACGAGACCAUAGAAGACUCGCGGGCUGCAUGCACCGGGAAUGCAGCAAGUCACAAGACCUUGAACUGCUUCAGGGUCGUUCAGUCACGACGGUCAGCUCUGCACAUUUGUAAGGCACCAGCGGGGUAGAGCA